GCAGCAGUAUGGCGGUGCAGGUGGAGCUGGGUUGUUGUGAGAGUUUUCCGUCUCACCUGAGUCCGCUGGACGUCCUGCUGGUGAACCCGCCCCCGGGCUCGGGCUUCCUCCGGGACCCGGACCCGCCCACGGUGCUGUUCGUCCCGCAGGAGGAGCCUGGGCCCCGGCGGGGGCUCCGGGACCGGGGGCUCCAGCACCGGGGGCUGCUGCUGCGGGUGCACCGGGCCAGCGAGGAGGAGGCGGCGGGGACCGGAGCCGGGACCCCGGGGGUCCGGCUGCUGGCCAGCCGUCUCCUCCUGCAGCAGCUCCGCCUGCCCCCCGGGACCCCCGGCACCGCCAGGGCCCUGGCCCCCGUCCCCCUGGACCGGGUGGUGCUGGGGGCCCGCGGCCCGCGGACCCUCCGCUGGGCCGCGGGCCCGCGGUUCCGGGCCGGGCUGCUGCAGCUCUGCGGCCCGGGACGGUGCGUGCUGGGCCGGCAGGGGGAACCGCUGGGGCUGGGGCUGCCCCCGGAUCUGGUACUGGGGGACGAUCUAGUACAGGUGCAGCAGCAGCUGAUGGAGCUGGUUCUGCUGGACUGCAGCCCCGUCUCCCAGGGCCAGAUCACCCCCAGCACCUCCGUGGUUCUGACGGACCACUGGGACCCGCCGGCCCCCCCAGGGGGUCCGGGGCCCCGCCCGCCCCCCCGGCUCUGCGUGUCGGACUUCGCCCACUACGCCGACGGCCUGGGCGGCGGCGGCGGCUGCUCCCUGCUGGACAGCAGCCGGCUGCUGGGAUCCGGGUUCCCCGCCGCGCUGCAGGCGCUGGAGUGCCGGCUGGAGGUCCGGGUGGCGUCGUCACGGUGCUGGUGCAGCGUGGACGGUGAGGUGGUGGACGUGGACGGCUGCGUGUUCCUCAGCAAGACGCUGCUGCUGCGGCUCGGCCUGUUCAACGGGGAGUGGGUGACGGUGUGGCGGCCGGGCCCGGGGGGAUCGGGGCCCGGACCAGGACCAGGACCAGGACCAGGACCCGGGCCCUCCAGGGCCUGCAGGGAGCGGCUGGUGUCCGUGGUGGUCGUGGAUCCCACCACGAGUCCUGAUCUCCACGACGAUGUGGGUUUGGUGUCGCCGACUCUGUGGUUCAACAUGACGGACGGAGAGACGGUUCCGGGGAACGGCUGCACGCUGAGGAUGAAGAGGUGGAAUCCGUCUCCUCCGGCCUCGGCGGCCCGGCGGUCCGACAGCUCCUGCCGCUCGGCGUCUCCGUCCUGGGCCGGCGAGCUGCAGCUGCAGCCGGUCGUCUCUCCGGGCCAGAGCAGCCUCGGUCGCUAUGACGACCUGCUGACGGAGCACUUCUCCACCCCCAGACUGGUUUCCCAGGGAGACGUCCUGGCGGUUCCAGCCGGGAACCAUCCGGACCUGCUGGAGAACGGAACAGACGGAGUCCACAGGUGUCCGGUGCUGUUCUUCAGAGUGCAGGAGGUGCGUUCUUCAUCAUCAUCUUCAUCAUCAUCAUCAUCAUCGUCUUCAUCAGCAGCUCCUCACCUGGCCGACAGGAUCCACACCUCCCUCUACCUGGGAUCGUCCACCAACAGUUUCGUCCCCUACGGCUCCGUGGAGGAACCGUCUCUGUGGAGCAGCUCGUCCCCACCGGGCCUGAGCAGAACCGUGGAGCUGAUCAGCAGCAGCAUCCUGCCCCACCUGAAACACAGCGCUGCUCUGUCCGGCGCCACCGUCCUCCUGCACGGCCCGGCGGGCAGCGGGAAGACGACGGCGGUGGGGGCGGCGAGCCGGCGGCUGAACCUGCACCUGCUGAAGGUGGACUGCGUGACGCUCUGCGCCGACACGCCGGCGGCCGCCGAGGCCAAGCUGGCCCUGGUGUUCCAGCGGGCCGAGGCCCUGCAGCCCUGCCUGCUGCUGCUCAGGAACCUGCAGGUGCUGCUCCGGGGCCGGGGGCCCAACGACGACGGCCGGGUCACGGCCGCGCUCAGCCGGCUGCUCAGCAGUGCCCCCUCCAGCGUGGCCGUGGUGUCCUCCGUCCUCAGACCUGCAGACCUGUCCCCCGGCGUGGUGGCGUUGUUCGUCCACCAGGUGGAGCUGCAGGCUCCCACGGAGCAGCAGAGACGGGACAUGCUGACGAGUCUGAGCCGAGACGUCCAGCUGGGGACAGACGUGGACCUGGACAGACUCGCCAACGUCACCGCCGGUUUGGUGUUGGGAGAUCUGGUGGUUCUUCUGGCCGAGGCUGGAAGAGCUGCCUGCAGGAGACUGACCCCCGUCUGCGCCGGCCGGUCCCAGCAGGACAUUUGCUGCAGCGGCGUCUCCGUCCAGAACCAGGACUUCAGCUCAGCCCUGGAGACUCUGCAGGACAACCAGUCCCAGUCUGUGGGGGCCCCCAAGAUUCCCAGCGUGCGCUGGGACGACAUCGGGGGUCUGCAGCAGGUGAAGAGGGAGAUCCUGGACACGGUGCAGCUGCCGCUGCAGAGACCGGACCUGCUGGCUCUGGGUCUGAACCGGACCGGACUGCUGCUCUACGGACCGCCCGGGACCGGCAAGACCCUGCUGGCCAAAGCCGUGGCCACCGAGUGCAGCAUGACCUUCCUCAGCGUCAAAGGUCCCGAGCUCAUCAACAUGUACGUGGGUCAGAGUGAAGAAAACAUCAGAGAAGUUUUCCGCAGAGCGCGCUCAGCAUCUCCCUGCGUCGUCUUCUUCGAUGAGCUGGACUCUCUGGCCCCCAGUAGGGGGCGCAGCGGGGACUCCGGGGGGGUGAUGGACAGAGUGGUGUCUCAGCUGCUGGCAGAGCUCGACACACUGCAGUCGUCCGCCGGGGUUUUCGUGGUCGGAGCCACGAACCGGCCGGACCUGCUGGACCCGUCGCUGCUCCGGCCCGGCAGGUUUGAUAAGCUGGUUUACGUCGGGAUCAACGAGGACCGAGAAUCUCAGCUGCAGGUUCUGCAGGCCGUUCUGAGGAAGUUCCAGCUGGACGCGGCGGUGAACCCGCAGCAGGUGGUGGACCGCUGCCCCCCCCACAUGACCGGAGCCGACCUGUACGCCCUCGUCUCCGACGCCAUGACGGCCGCCAUCAAGCGGAAGGUCGGCCUCAUCAACGACGGUCUGGAUUCGGAGGAAACCCCCCUCCUCCUCGCCGCCGAGGACUUCACCGCGGCGCUGGAUCAUUUCAAGCCGUCCGUGUCGGACCAGGAGCUGCUGCGGUACCAGAACAUUCAGCAGAAACUCGCCGCCAAGUAGACGAGGACUCACCGGAGUCACUGGAGUCACCGGAGUCACCGGAGUCACCGGAGUCACCGGAGUCACCGGAGUCACCGGAGUCACCGGAGUC